AUGACGGACCUCAACAUUUUGAACCGAAGACGAGGAGGUCUCAAAGGACAAGUCACGCGGUUGCUAUCAUCUAUAGGAAGUGAUAUCGACGCAAUGGACUCGACGGAAAUCGAUUGCAAACUUGAACAUGUGCAAGCUCUAAAAACCAAAUUCGAGCAGCUGAAAUUGGAUUACUAUUCAGUGCUGAAGGAUGAGGAAUUGGACGAAAAUGAAGAGAUUUUCAUUGAUCUCGAAGAAGAAUUAGAAAAAAUAGAAGUCGCCCUCAAGCGCAAGUUCAAGCAGCUGAACAACAAUAUUUCCCGCUCCUUUAAUGAUGCACCACCUAACUCAACAAUCAGUAUCCGGCUUCCCGAAAUAUCACUUCCAAAAUUUAACGGUAAAUAUGAAGAAUGGUUCCUCUUCAAAGAACAAUUUAACUCCAUCAUCAAUAGCAACUCUUCCCUCUCAGAUUCACAAAAACUGUAUUACCUGAACUCAUCACUUAUCGGCCGCGCCAAAGAAAUAGAAACAAUAGAUGAUACCUACCAGUCCCUGUGGAAGGCCUUGACUGAGAGGUUCGAAAAUAAGAGACUAAUUGUGAACAGUCAUAUACAAGAGCUGUUAAACAUCCAGAAAAUUACUCAUGAGUCUGCAGAUGAGCUGAGAAAUCUUGUGGACAAGAUUCAUAAGCAUCUGCGUGCACUCCGGCAAAUGGAUCUGCAAUGUACCGAGAUCAAAGAACAUCUGGCCCAAUCAAGACGCAAGAAUUAA